AAAAGGGGAGGAGAAGAACGAAACGGUGCGUUCAAGUGGCAGGGAAGACGUGUGAAAUGAAAACCGGUCCGCUCUUCGCACGUGCGAUGCGGCUGACCGAUGAGAAACCUCUCUGGUUUCUACUCGAAAGCGAAAACCUCCAUUGAACCGCAACUCAUCAAGCUUAAUUCUCAGCUUGCAGAUUUAACCCGCUCGACCCACUACGAAGAUGCCCUUUAUCUGUUCAAUGAAAUUCGAUCACUUCAGUUCCACCUUAAGCCGGACCAGUACACCCUCUCCACCACACUCACCGCCUGUGCAAAACUGCGGGAUGUGGCCUUUGGAAACAAACUUCACGCCUAUGCUAUCCGGGCCGGAUAUAAAGCGUACUCCCAUGUCUCGAACACUCUUCUCUCUCUGUACGCGAAAGGGCAGGACUUGGUUUCUGUCAAACGGGUUUUUGAGGAGAUUGAGAACCCAGAUGUGUAUUCUUGGACUACGUUGUUGUCUUCCUGUACGAAGUUAGGGAAUGUCGGGUAUGCCUGCGAGGUGUUUGAUAGAAUGCCUGAAAAGGAUGUGGCAGUGUGGAACGCAAUGAUUACUGGAUGUGUGGAAAAUGGGUAUGAAAAGAUUGGGAUUGAUUUAUUUAAGGAGAUGCAUUCUUUGGGUUUUAGGCAUGAUAAUUAUAGUUUUGCUAGUCUUUUGAGUGUGUGUUCUUGGGAGAUGGUGGAUUUUGGGAGGCAGAUACAUUCGUUGGUGGUUAAAUCUGGGUUCUUGGCUAGAGCUUCUGUGGUUAAUGCUCUUAUUACUAUGUAUUUCAAUUGUGAAGAUGAUGUGGGUGCGUGUUCUGUAUUUGAACAAGUGGAAACUGCAGUGCGUGAUCAGAUUACUUUUAAUGUGAUGAUAGAUGGUUUCAUAAACAUGGGUAGAAUGGAAGAGGGUUUUAUAAAGUUCAGUGAGAUGCUACAGGAUGGUAUGAGUCCUACUGAACUGACUUAUGUGAGUUUAAUGAGUUCAUGUUCAUGUCCGAGAAUUGGAUGUCAAUUGUAUGCCCAGGCUAUCAAGAUUGGUUUGGAAGGUUGUACUUCUGUGAGCAAUGCAGCCAUUACCAUGUAUUCCAGCUUUGGGGAUUUGAGCGCAGCUCAAAUGGUUUUUCAUAGAUUGGAAGAGAAAGAUCUUGUGUCAUGGAAUGCUAUGAUAUCGAGCUAUGUUCAGGGGAACUCUGACAGAUCAGCAAUCUUGGCCUAUGCAGAAAUGCAGAGGGCAGGGAUCAAACCAGAUGAGUUCACUUAUGGAAGUUUAUUGUCAAGCUCAGAGUUUGUAGAAAUCACCAAGAUGAUUCAAGGCCUUGUACUUAAAAAUGGGGUCAUCUCUAAAAUCCAAGUUUCUAAUGCAUUGGUUUCUGCAUAUUCCAAGCAUGGGAAGAUCAAGCAGGCCUAUCAUUUAUUUCAAAUGUCUCCCAAGAACCUGAUCUCCUGGAACACUAUCAUUUCUGGGUUCCUUCUUAAUGGGUUUCCAAUGCAGGGAUUAGAGCAGUUUGCUGAGCUGCUGAUUUCAAAACUCAGGCCAAAUGCAUAUACUCUUAGCAUUUCUUUAAGCAUAUGUGCUAGUCUCUCAUCCUUGACACACGGGAAACAAAUUCAUAGUUACAUCCUAAGGCAUAAUCUCUUUUCAGAAACCUCUUUAGGCAAUGCCCUGAUCACUAUGUAUGCAAAAUGUGGGUUUUUAAGUUGUACUUCAAGAGUGUUUAGUGAGAUGAUUAACAAGGACAUAGUUUCUUGGAAUGCUCUAAUAUCUGCUUACGCACAGCAUGGAGAAGGAAAAGAAGCUAUCUGUUGUUUUGAGGCAAUGAAGGAUGCAAACGGGAUCAUACCAGAUCAGGCCACCUUUACUGCUGUUCUUUCUGCGUGCAGCCAUGCAGGUUUAGUCAAUGAGGGAACUUGGAUAUUCAACUCUAUGGUGAAUGAUUAUGGUGUCGUGCCUGGAGAAGAUCACCUUUCUUGUAUGGUUGACCUUCUUGGCCGAGCAGGGCAUCUUGAUGAAGCCGAAAGAAUACUAAACAGCCAACAUAGUGAAGCACAUUCUAAUGUCUGGUGGACAUUGUUCAGCGCCUGUGCAGCUCAUGGAAAUCUACAGCUGGGAAGAAUUGUUGCUGGAUUUCUUCUUGAAACAGAACAAGAGAAUCCAUCAGUUUACGUGUUAUUGUCAAAUAUCUAUGCAUCUGCAGGUCAAUGGGAAGAAGCUGCUAAGGUAAGGGAAAUGAUGAAGAACAUUGGAGUAAUGAAGGAUCCAGGAUCCAGUUGGAUCAGUUCGUAGAUCUGUUUUGAGCAUGAAACCUAAUACAAGCUAUUGAACAUGACUGCCGUGCAAAAAAAAGGCUGUAGAAAAUGAAAGUGAAGUAUGCAUUUGAGACUGGGGCUGUGUAAACUAAAUUUCAUAGUGGAUCAAUCCUGUUGAACUGGAGUUGCAAAGCUCCAUAGCUUUGUGCUGAACAGGACCACCUGUAACUACCAUCAUUCAUUAAUCGAUUGCAUCAACAUCCGCCCUUAAAUAAUCUGGAAAGCGCAUC